UUCGAUUUGGUGCAAUGGCCCCCGUGCGAAGGAAAAAUCGGAAAAGAAGUGCAGCGAGAACCAAAGGAGGGUCACAGAAACAUCCAAACAAGGAUGUAGUUGGGACAGAAAUUUCAAAAAUAACAUGUUCAUCUAGCAGAUCGAAGGUUGAUCUAACAUACAAAGAACUUGGCGUUGCAGAGCUGCAAUGGCCCGCCGCGGACGAACGAGAACUGAGCCAAGAAAUAAUGAGAGUGAAUCCACUAAAUAGGCAGUCCAUUCUUCAGGCUCCCUGUCAGAAGUUUGUUGUUAGUCAUUGGGGAAAAACUUCAUCUUUAGUGGCAAGUGGUUCAUCAUCCACUAACAGCAAAGCCUGGAAAAGUGGACCAAAAUCAAAAGAAUCAACAGCCUGUGUUCAUAAAAGGAAAAGAACUGAUGUGAAAGAAAAACCUACUCCUAAUUAUUGGAUGAUGUUAUCUGAUGAAAUAAUUCUGUCAAUCUUUCAAUUCUUACCAAAGAAGACAAUAGUAAGAUGCGCCAGAGUUUGCAAACACUGGCAAAGGCUAAUGUAUGAUGAAAGUCUAUGGCAUCGUGUAGACAUGACUAAGUCAAACCUCUUACCUGGUUUGUUAGGAAAGGUAUUAAAACGAGGAACCAGGGUGUUGCGAAUAGCCCAUGCAAAGGUUGCUUCACCUUUAUGUGAUGAUAAUGCUCCAUUCUUCCUUGAUGUAGUUCCUCUGUCACCAAAGUCACCAAGUAAGUCGUUAUUCAACCUGAGAUUAUUAGAUGCCACUUCAUGCAGUUUUCAAGAGGAUACCCUCCUCUGCCUUCUCAUGCAAUCGAAACAGCUGACCCACAUCAGUUUGGAAUCCUGCAAGGUUUCUACAGCCAUAUUAAAAGCCGUCAGUGAACUGCGCAAUCUUGAAGUUUUAAAUCUUGCCAUGUGCACUGGUGUAACAAUCACAGGAAUUUGCUCCUUGGUUAAAGGUGGAAAAAACUCCAGACUCAAGCAGUUAAAUUUAGCAUGGACAAACCUCACAAAGGCAACAAUGAUGCAGCUUAUAAAGAAUCUACCACAGCUGCAACAACUCAACCUCAGUGGAUGUAGAGAGACUCUUACUGAUGAUUGCAUCAAACAGCUUGUUAAAUCAUGUCCUCAACUAACUCAUUUGGAUGUCAGUGAUGGAGUAAUGUUAACUACUCAAUCUCUAGAGGCAAUUCUCAAACUAAAGAACUUGGUUUGGUUGGGUGUUAGCAGAUGUUACAGUAUUCCACCAGUUUCUUUCAGCUUAUUUACCAAGAUCAAAUCACUUAAAACUCUGCAGCUCUUUGGUCUUCUGAACACAGAAGGUGUAGAACUACUGAAGGCUGACCUUCCAAACGUCAAUGUGAACAAGUCAUUUUUCUCAACUAUUGCAAGACCAGUUGGGUCUGUGUACUUAGGAAUGAUAUGGGGGGUCCAGUGCAAAGAUUAAAAAUUACAAAUUAUUUUAAAUUAGGUUAUUAAAUCUCCAUGAGAUAUUCUUACACUUUUGAAGAUUCUUUCUGGGCAAUUUGAUUUAAAUUUCGAAAAGUUUCUCUCCUAUAAAUUUUUGUAUCGUGGUUAAUGAUUGUAAUCAAUCCCUUUGGUUUCAUGUACUCUUUUUAGAGAAAUACGACUUUUUUAAGCCUGGAGGCUUCAUUUUUUCUGCAUGACAUUAUCUUCAUUUCAAUUCAAAAUUUUAAAUUUUUCUAAAUAUAUUUUUUAUAUCCAGCAUUUUCAGAUGCAGUUGAUCUCAGAGAGAUGCAAUUAUUUUAAGUUAGAAAAAUUGGUAUAAUAUGUAAGUCAGACUUGACACAAA